ACCCAGCAUGGCCGCCCAGGGAGAGCCCCAGGUGCAGUUUAAGCUUGUUCUGGUUGGUGAUGGUGGCACUGGUAAAACAACAUUUGUAAAACGUCAUUUGACUGGUGAAUUUGAAAAGAAGUAUGUAGCAACGCUGGGUGUUGAAGUUCAUCCUCUGGUGUUCCAUACUAACAGAGGCCCUAUUAAAUUUAAUGUAUGGGACACAGCUGGCCAAGAGAAGUUUGGUGGCCUGCGAGAUGGCUAUUACAUCCAAGCUCAGUGUGCCAUCAUAAUGUUUGAUGUAACAUCAAGAGUUACUUACAAGAACGUACCUAAUUGGCACAGAGAUCUGGUACGAGUAUGUGAAAACAUCCCCAUAGUGUUGUGUGGCAACAAAGUGGAUAUUAAGGACAGAAAAGUCAAGGCAAAAUCCAUUGUCUUCCAUAGGAAGAAGAAUCUCCAGUAUUAUGACAUUUCAGCCAAGAGUAACUACAACUUCGAGAAGCCUUUCCUCUGGCUUGCUAGAAAGCUAAUUGGAGAUCCUAACUUGGAGUUUGUUGCCAUGCCUGCUCUUGCACCACCUGAAGUUGUUAUGGACCCAGCACUGGCAGCACAGUAUGAGCAAGACUUACAGAUUGCUCAGACCACUGCACUGCCAGAUGAGGAUGAUGACCUGUGAGGGAUGAAGCUGGAGCCCAGCGUCAGAAGUCUAGUUUUAUAGGCAACUGUCCUGUGAUGUCAGUGGUGCAGCGUGUUUGCCACUUUAUUAUCUAGCUGAGCAGAACAUGUGCUUAAUCUUUGGGAUGCUGAAAGAGAUGAAUGGGCUUCGGAGUGAAUGUGGCAGUUUAAAAAAAAAAAUAAACACAAAACAAAAUGGAUAAAAAAAACCAAAACUGAACUUCAUAUUUUGGACCUGCAUAUUUAGCUGUUUUUUGGACUGCAAUUACUUCCCCUUUUGAGUUUCAAAUAUAAGACUGCUGCAGUCACAUCAGAGUGUUAAGUGGUAAAUCUUGUUUCUGUCAUUCCCAUUCUUUUUUGUUUAGAUAAUAAAGUUGUAUUUCAAGUAUCUC